UCGAUCUCGAGUCCUUGAAGCAUUAAAUGCAAAGAGGGUGAGUUGAAGUUCUUUGUUUUGAAUUUGGCUGCGUCGUUAACAAUGUCGAUUGAGCUCAAGCUUUCCCGGAUUAAUCGAGUUUAUCGUCCUUCUGAACUGGUUGAGGGCAAGAUCAUAGUGAAGUCUGUGUCUUCAAUCUCGCACUAUGGAAUUCGCAUCGCGGUUGAUGGAUCUGUCAACUUGCAGGUUCGGGGAGGGACGGCCGGAGUUAUAGAGACUUUGGUUGGUGCUGCCAAGCCUAUUUCGAUUCUCAGGAACAAAAUUGUUGAGCUUAGACCUGCUGGAAAGAUUGCUUCAGGCAUAACCGAGAUACCGUUUUCUAUGCAUAUUAGGCAACCAAGAGAAGAUAACCUCGAAAAGUUCUAUGAGACAUUCCAUGGAGGAAAUAUUAACAUUCAGGUGCAUCUUUCUGCCUUGGAAAGUACACAUGUUCAGUAGUUAACCCUAUUAGUUGGGAAUGUAUCAUUGCUUCUGAUUGCCUUUGAAAUGCAUUUUCCU